AUGAUUGGUCUGCCUGGCCGCCAUUCAUGGGGGAGGCAGCUUCCCCCGCCCCCCAUGGGAAGGGGCACGCUCUUCACCUAGCCGGGAUGCUGCUGCUGCUUCGGUGCACUAGCAGCCGGGGAAGAUUGGCGGCUGCCGCUGUAUACGCUGCUCCCUUCCGCCGGGAGCCAGUCUGCAGUUGUGUUAGGUACCUGGACUUCCUUGGGAUUUCCAGCAGGUACUGUAGUAGAACCCUCAGCAGCAGCAAGAGGACUUUUAAGAAAAAUGAGACAGGUCAAGAUUGUGGAGCAGACACUCCAAAAAGCAACAUGAAGACUGAUGCACUUCCCAUCCAGAAAGGUUCCUCUCCCUCUGACCAAGCUUCUUCAGAGCCCUUCUAUCCUCAGCCCCCACUGUUGUCACCCCCUACAAACUGCUGCAUGAGUGGCUGCCACAACUGCGUGUGGAUCGAGUAUGCUGAGGAGCUCCUACGGCACUAUCAGGAUGGUGGAGCCAAAGCAUUGGCUGCUCUGGAUGAACACAUCCAAGAUGAGAAUAUAAAGACCUUUAUCAAGAUGGAGAUCCAGCUCAGAAUGAGAGAGAAAGACUGAUUGCUUCGUUCCACCUGGCAGCUGUUUCUCAGGGAACUAUAAUCUCCUCUAAUGAUUUUUGUGCCUCCUUUUUCCAGAGGCCUUUGGAUAAAAAGUAAAUAGUAAUAGGAUGAGUAUUUAUUGACCUUGCCUGAAAAUAUUUCAACUGGAACUGUGUGCCACUGAUUGUGUUUCUUUUUUAGAGAUGAUUCUUCAAACAAUUAAAACUGCCUUAGUGGUAACUUUUUAGUCUGCUUGUAAUUCUUCAUUCACAUAUAAAUUAUCAAUUAUGUGGCAAUAUAUAAAAAUGUAUAAAAUAUAUAAAAAUUUAAAAUAUAGCUACAAUCUCUUCUAGGAGCUUAUAGAUUAAAAUUAUUGAACUAAUUAAUAUACAGAUUUUGUAGAUUACUAAAACAAGAUAAACCAUGUAGAAAAAAAGUUCUGUUAAAUUAUUUCAGGAGAAGGUUAAAACUAGAAGCUGGGGCAUUUAAGAAAGGGUUUGGGUAGGCAGCUAGCACUUAAACUUAAUUUUGAAAGGGUGGCUUAUAAUAAUCUUCAUGUGGUUGACUGAAGUGAGGACAGUUAAAUCCAUAUUUGGUAAUAAUUUUUAUUGUAGUUAAAAUCAGUUCCUUGAGGGCAAGGAAUUUAUCUUUGUAUCACUGCAAACAAGUACAGUACCUGGCAAAUGGUAGACACAAUAAAUAUUUCUUAUAUUUCAAAGAAGUAAGUUGAUUUUGGCAAAUGAUCACUGCUGAAUAAUAAAUUGCACUUUAAGUCUG